UUGGCUCCUCAUGUCACGAAUUCAAUGUCUAGCCCUAAUUUCUAAUGCGCCAAAGAUAUUUGGGAGGCUUUGCAAGGAAUGGAGGUGUAGUAUAUGCCUGGGUCCCUUAUUGGUGCACUAGUGGUGUCCAACUGCCCAACCAUAGAGCCGGUGCGCAAAACUAACAAUAUAAUUCCACCACCAACUAGGGAAUCUCGAUCAAUUACCCAACAACUCCAAUUCUUGAGCCGCUUCUCAAUUUGGCGGUCACAUUUUCUUCAUUACCUAAUUUAUUCUUCCCUUCUUGUUCUUCCCCAAUUUCUACCGUUUUCCCUAUCUUCUUCAAUCUUUACUUUACUCCAUCUUCUUCCUCAACAUGAAGCAGAAAACAUGGCCUUCUCAAUCCAGAACUUCACCUUUCUCCGCACUUCCUUUAUCUAAACCCCACCAAAUUUCCAAACCCCACAAUCCCAAAUCUUUCAUUUUUAACCAUCCGAUUAUUCCCCACCUCAUUUCUUCACCAUCAGAGCACCAUCAUCAACACCGUGAUUUCUCAUCCUUACCGUACGAUCUCCUCAACAAAGUAGCAUCUGGGUUCUCACAACGCGACUUAAACGCUGCGUCUUUGGUUUGUAAGUCAUGGAAUGAUGGGUUGAGGCCUAUGAGAGAAGCUAUGUUGCUUUUGAGAUGGGGUAAAAGGUUUAAACAUGGACGGGCCGGAGUUCGGGCCAAUUUAGACAAGGCUUUGGAUUCUUUCUUGAAAGGUGCAGCCCGAGGCUCAAGUCUUGCUAUGGUGGAUGCAGGGUUAGUUUAUUGGGAAAUGGGAAAAAGAGAAGAAGGGGUUUCUUUGUAUAGGAAAGCUGCUGAACUUGGUGAUCCUGCUGGUCAAUGUAAUUUGGCUCUUGCUUAUUUACAAGCUGAUUUUGCAAAUCCUAAGGAAGCUGUCAAGUUGUUAUUGCAAUCUGCCUCUGCUGGUCAUGUUCGUGCUCAGUACCAAUUAGCCCUUUGUCUGCAUCACGGUCGUGGAAUCGCUCGAAAUAUACAAGAAGCUGCCAAGUGGUACCUCAGAGCUGCAGAGGGUGGUUAUGUGCGUGCUAUGUACAAUGUAUCACUCUGCUACUCCGUUGGUGAGGGGUUUGCAAAAAGUCAUCCACAAGCAAAGAAAUGGAUGAGGCGGGCUGCUGAUCAUGGUCACGGCAAAGCACAGUUUGAGCAUGGUCUCAAUCUUUUCUCCGAAGGGGAUUUGUCAAAAGCUGUUGUUUACCUGGAGUUAGCUAGCCGUGCAGGCGAGACUGGUGCCUCUCAUGUCAAGGAUGUAAUUAUCCAACAACUAUCAGCUGCUUCUCGUGAGCGUGCUAUGCGUCUUGCUGAAAAUUGGCGUGCAUUGCCUUCAUCACGAUGACUAGAUCUACCCAUACAAUCUAUAUCCUCCUUCGCCCCCUCAGGGGUGAGGUGUGUCAAUAUUUCACUGUAUCUCAGUGUAAGUCAUGCAAGUAGGUGAAGUAACUAGUUGUAUAACUUAAGUCGAAUGGAUGUUUAAUGUUAUGAGCCCCAAUGGUUCAGGAAGCUAUAUUAAUGCUGCACUCUGUUGUUCCCAUGUUUUUAUAAAGUUUGAUCAUCAGUUUCUCGAAUUCAACAUCCUUCAUCCCGAAAGUUGGAUGUAUAACAGGCGCUUCUAAUGUACAAGCUAAAAACUUUGUUGGUGUAUGAAAGCAGGAAGUUGGACUGUGAUGUCACAUUGAACAGAAAUGCAAGCCAACGUUAAAAGGGUAGGCAAUUCGACUACAGCACUAGAAGCGACUCACGCAUCAUCAUCAUCAGCAGACCAGCGGCAACAAAAACCACCAAUGUCAUUAUCCGAAUAUUUAGUGGCUUAUACCAUGUGGAUUUAGGUCUCGAAUAUAUGCAUCCAUACCCUUACAAUAACCAAAUGGUUGUAACGCAAUUGACCUGCAACUGCAAAUAUCAACUACAACUUCAAAUAAAUAAGUGUAAAUGAUUUUGGGUAAUACUAUAACCUGGAUCAUUAUAAAACCCUAUUUUCCAAAAUGCAAGCCUUUGUACAAGUAUUAUCGAAAAAAAAAAUAGUCAUAAUAAUGUAAUAAAUGUAAUCGUCAAGGUUUAAAAGUAUUUAAUUCUUUUCUAUUCUACACAACAAAA